CUUGGCCCACGUGAACUUAAUCUUUCCGUCGACCAAUGGAUCACUGACACAUUACCUCCCAACAACUCAAGCACAUCGAAUGUCUCAGCCACUCUACUGUCACAGCAGCAGCAACAACAGCAGAGUCAUCAGUCAAAAAUAAUGAAUGUGGUGGUGCCAAACGUGGCCUGUCCGCCAGCUGCUACCAAAAAGAUAAGAAGAAAAACUGAAAAUAAGCCUCAAUCACAAAUCAAUAAGUGUAAUAACGAAAAACGUCGACGCGAAUUAGAAAACGAAUACAUUGAACAGUUGGGCGAAUUCCUACAAAUAAAUAAGCGGGAUAUGACCGCAUGCAAGCCAGACAAAGCUGCAAUUUUAAGUGAAGUCGUAAAGAAGUUUCGCAACUUGUUGGAGCAACGCUCUCGCGAGACACCAACACAAUUAAUUCGUUGUAAUAAAUGUCCACCUGGAUGUAGUGACACUUGUACCCUUCAUCCAGUUCAACAAGGUGAAGUCUCAUCGACUGAGCCACCCUUACCCGAACCUUCUGUCAACGGACAUUCGCCAGAAAAAUCAGCCUACUUUGAAGCUGUACAGCAUUAUAUUCGUAACGUUGGUUGGGCUCUUCUUGAAAUUAAUUCGGAAGGUUUUAUUGAAUGUGCAACGGAGAACGUGAUUGACGUUCUUCAUUAUUCACGACAAGAGUUGAUUAGACAGUCGAUUUACUCGUACCUGCAUACCGGUGAUCACAAUAAAGUCAGUCCAAUAUUGGACAAGAAUUCUUUUAGUUUCGAGUGGGAUCAGGAUGAUGGUCCGUCAUUUCCGCCAACACCCAAACGUACAGUUCGCAUAAGGUGGCUUCUUAAAUCACCUGAAGAGACGAUCGAGCAAAAGCAGCAACGUCCAAACCGAUACAAAGAUCUGCUGAUAAUCUCAGCACCAGUUAAAGACGAUACGGAUGAGUCAUCGUCAGUGCUUUGUCUCAUUACACUCCCUGAAGACGAUCAGUCAAUGGAUCCAACAAUGCCGCCUACAAAUGAACAGCUUACGAUUCGAAUCGAUGCUGAAGGAAAUAUUAUAAAGAUCGACACAUCACAGCUUCGACCACACUUUGCAGCAUUCUUAACCAAAGAGAUAGGACACAAAAUUGAAGACCUCGUACAUCCACACGACCAUCAACGACUUAAGAUGCAUUUGAAAGAAGUUAUUCAUGGACAAUCUGAUGCGCAAAUCACAAAUUAUCGAAUUCGUUCAUCGCCAGAUUGCUUUGUUCAUGCCAAAGUGCACACAUCGUCAUUGCUUCAUCCGCCCACAUCCAAUGACAAUUAUUUUAAUCCCGAUGCAUUUGAUUUCGACUUUCCCAGCACAACUUUUGAGAUGGAGAACGCUUGGGCUAUGGAUUCGCGACCAGAAUCAAGAACAAGCUUAGCUUCUGUUAGCACUCCUCGACCAUCAUCAGCGACAGCUGCUUUCAGUCCCGUCACAGCUCCAAUGUGUCCGUCUCCACUUACACCCUAUCACAACAGUCAACCAAGUCCAGCGAGUAUCUCCAAUAACAACAACACCACCAUGACUAACAAUAAUUUAACGAGCAAUAGUGGAGCUGGUGGAAGUAAUCAUAAUGGAUCAUCAGGCUUCAAUAGUGCUGGCUCGAAUAGUUCCAGUAACUUCCAAUUCUCUUUCGAAGACAAGGAAAAAGUUCAAGAACAGUUACAAAAGAUGCAACAGGAAAGCACUGGCAGUGGAAGCACAAGCAGUUCAGAAAGAUUAAGAAAUCUUUUAAUGAAAAGUCCAUCAGGAUCUGGACUUGAACAAAGUGAUCAGGAACGUGCCAGAAACCAAAUACUAAAAACUUUAUUAAAUGCUGAAGAUGAUAAAGAUAACACAUUAACGCACAAGUUCAAUCCAUCAUCAAUGUCGAAUCGAAUGCCACUUCAAAGACCACGUUCAACCACAUCAGAUUCAAAGAGUAACAGCAAUAUGUUGUUACAGCUUCUCAAUGAUAAAUCUGAUGAUGACGAAUCAAGCAGUAAACAACACAGUGAAUUGUUGAAACGACUUCAAAAUCCAAGUAAGGAAGAGCAUAAGGAAUUGAACAACAAUGCCGAGAUGGAUAAUGAAGCCUUAAAGCGACAAUUACGCUUCCAAGGUGGUCCUGGAUCUUUAGAGAAUAAUAAUCGAAAACGUGCAAGUGAUGAGUCUGAUGAUUCAAGCUCAGGAACUUCAAAGCGCCCGUCCAAACUUCAAGAGAAAAAUAAAAUGUUGGCAUCACUGCUAGCAUGUCCAAGUCGUCCUAUUAGUUCACCGAAUCUUCAAUUGCCAGCGGUGAGAAUGAUGCCUGAUAUUCCAUCGCAGUUUAAGACGAGACAGGAAGGUGGAUUGCCAUCACCAUUAGGCAGUCAACCUUCGACACCAAACCAACAGACGACAACGACAGUUAAAAGCACAAAUAAUAAUAAUUCCGCGACAAAGAACAACAACUUAAAAUCAACACAGCAAAAGUUGACUCGACAACAACCCAUGACGCAAAUGCGAACUGUUCAAGGUACAAACGUGAAAGUUGGCGAAAACAUUUACCUCGCUCAAGUUCAAAAUCAGCAACUGCAGCAACAACAACUUGCAGCUAAUCGUGUUGCUAUUGGUAAUUUACUUGCGACAACAACACAGUCUAACAGUGCAUCAUUUGACACUCAACAAUUUGUCAGUUCAACGCCAUCAAUCACUUCAGCGCCAGCAUCAUCUUCGACAAUUCAACAAGCUGAAUGGGAUCCGGAAUUGAAUGACAUUCUCGAUAAUUUCAUUGAAUUCGAUGAAGGAACAUUUGGCGAAUACAAUUUAAGUAUACAACAGAUGACAGAAAACGCCAGUGCACAGCUUAAACAACAAGAAGAAUUGGCGCAGAUCAAUAAAAUUCAACAAUCGUUGAUGGAAUGUGAGAAUGAAGAUAAUUUCACUGGAAGUCCACCAGCUUAUCCGAUUCAUGGAUUAACAGCUCAAAAUAGACUUCAACAAGGAUUUAAUCAACAACCACCACCAGGUUACAACCAACGAAAUAUUAGAUUACCAAUGAAUGUUACGAGUAACAACGUCGUGACAAAUUCAAAUACGACCACAGUUGCCCAAGCAACGAACAGUCAACAGACAGCAACAAAGCAGCCAAAUGCUUUAAUGAUGCAGCGACUUCAAUUUCAACAACAACAUCAAAGAAUGUUACAAAUGCAGCAGAAGGAGAGAUUACUUCAGCAACAACAAAACCAGCAGAUUGUUGUUACGGCUGGUGCUGAUCAAAUAUGUCUCCCAAAUCCCGGCGUACAAAACAUUGAUUCUUUAUUGAACAACACAGUCGCUCCAAAUGUGACGCUUACGAGUCGUGGUUCUGUUGUUCCUGACUCACAAUUAAGUCCAAACUUCACCCAGUCUCUCAUGCAACAACAGCUGAGUCCUAAUCAGCCAAGAGGAAAUACUCCGUUUAGUCCUCAAGCAAAUCAAAAUUUUCAACAAAAUCCUUUCAACUCAAAUGGUGGACAAAGACUUUCACCACAACAACAGCAAAUAAAUCAACAACUGUUGGGAAGCUUUCAAGGGAAUAACUCGAAUGGAAGUAACACUUCUCAGUUGUCACCACGUCAACCACCUUUCACUCAACAGUCAGCCAAUCAAGCUCAAUCAAAUCCUGCAACAUGGAACCAACAAUCGGCUGCCAACAACAAUCGAUUGAAUAUUCAACAAAAUAAUCCAAUGUUGAGUACUCAAUUAUCGCAACAGAACGUGAAUGCCUUUGCAAAUCAACGACAGUUCAGUGCCCAACGACAACGUUCUCUUAAUUCACCAGGAACACCUGUUGCACGUCAAAACAGUUUUAGUAGUCAGGAUAGCUUCCCUGAACCUCCAAGUCCAUCUGCUACACAGCAGCAACAGCAACAAUAUAACAACACCCUCUUCAACCAACAACAAUUGAGACUUCAACGUCAACAGAGCAUACCUCAAGCCACCCAACAUUUACCAGGCUCGCCACGUCCUUUCGGACCGGGCCUUCCCGACGGCCCAAGUGGCUACGGCAUUAAUGGAAUGAACAUGUACAAUGUGCUGGGGGGUAAUAACUUUUAUGGUCGUGUCAAUCAGACUGGUACAACAAAUGUUGACACCAAAUUGACAGCUCCCCCGCUUGCAACUCAAUGGAGUGGAAAUUCAAACAAUUCACGGAUUUCUUUGGAGGAACGAACCGGUGACCAGAAGAAUUCGUCACUUCUCCUUCAAAAGCUGCUCUCCGACUAGCAUAAGCGUUACUAAAUCCAGGGCAUGUUCUAAACAUGAUGUAUCAGGAACAUUAAAUUUAAAACAAUUAUCCAAGUUUAAAACUAAAAUUUAACCACGAGUGAUAUACGAUUUUAGAAAUCCCCGUCAACUCACAGUGACACAAUUUUUAUGACGACGAGUUGGGUAAAUUAAAAAAUAAAAAUAUUUGACGAAAAAUUAUUAAAAAAAGAAAAAAAAAACAAACACAGAACUAAAUAUGAGAAGAGAAAAAAAACCUUUAUUGUGAUGAUUGUAAUUUUUUAUUAAUCAAGUUUUCGUUGUUUUCUAAUAAUUAAGGACAUUUAAAAAAGAAAAACUUUUUCGUAAUUCUCAAGGCAAUGUAAAUAAAUUAAUUUUUGGUAAUGUUCUGAAUUCUUCUUUUUUUUUCAUUAAUCGAGCAGCUUAAGAGUUUCACAAAACAAUUGAGAAAAAGUAAAAUUAAUAUAACAGAUUAAUAAAAUGUACAGUUUUAAUUUCGCAAGAGAUCUAAGGGAAUAAUGAUAAUUAAAUAAAUAAAUAAAACAAAAAAAAUGUUAAAAAACAGAAAAAAAAUUACGGAUACGAAAUAAGAAUACAAAGCAGAUCCGGGGGUUGAAAUUUUGCAAAGUUAGUUCACAUUGUUAACUGAUGUGAGCUGAUAUGAAAAGAGUUGACACCGGUGAAAAAUAGAAAUACCUCUAUUUUAGUUCAAAGGCAAAACCACACACAUACAAAUUAUUAGAAGUUUCACUUUGAGAAGAAGAAUUAAAAAAAGAUGAAGAAGAAAAUUGAUGAAGAACGAUAGAAAGUUAUUGUGUAAAAAUGUGUAUUUUUUGUAUUAAAAAUGAAAUUGAAAGAAAUAUUUCUUAAGUGCUGAACAGAACUAAAGAAAAAUAAUAAAAAGAUUACUAAAGGAAACAUUUCGUCCAUUAGUUUUUAAACCUUGACAGCUGCGACAUGUCAUUUUGUCAUCAAACGUUAUCACAAUAUUUAUUAUGAUAUUGAUGUUAACAAUAUUUCACAGAUUAAAUAUCAGAAAGAAGAACUGCAGUUGUUUUGACUUGAAAAUUGAUGACGAUUUUAUAUUUAAAGAAAAUACUCAGUUUAAGCUUCAAGCGUAAAGUUAUCGAAGCUUCUCAGAUAUCGAAAAAAAUAAUAAAAAAAAUUAAUCGUGAAGUCAUGUCAAGUAAAUAACAUUGGCGAUAUGUUUUCUUCGUAUCAUAACGUAAACAAUGUAACAAAAUACUUUGAUAAUGUUCAACUGUACACUUAAUGGAAAUGAAAUUAAGUGUUAAGUGAGACAAACAAUUGAAAGAAGUUUAUUUGGUGAAUACAUAUUAAUUACAAUAUGGACAAAGAAAUCUGUGAGACAAAAAAAAAUGAAACUAAAAAUUAAUGCAAAAUAAAAAGUUUAAUAUCACAAAACAAAACAAAGAAUUUGUGCUAUUAUUUAAGUUUUUCUAUCUUAUCAGUCAGAUGUGUUCUUAAAGAGACCUUCAUAUGUUUAUAUAUCGAGUUCCGCUUUCGGGAUUAUUUACUUUAACUUAGUGAAAAUUUCACAAAUAACUUUUCCACUUUAUUGUCUAAAGUAAAAACUUAGAAGCUGCAAAUAAUUUUGAUUCCAAUUUUCAUCAUCCUGAGAAACUGUUAAGAGAAGAAAACUUUCGUUUUGGAUUACGACAAUUGAUGCAACAAUGACAAGAGAUUAAAAAUUACCUACAAAAGUACCUUUAGUAUCAUUCAAAAGUUUCAAAUCUCAUUUGGCUUUGUCACAUCAACAAAUUCUUUCAUGAUGAUGAAUUUAUGACUUUAAGCCAUUCUCAUUUGCUUCUCAUUAAUCUUU